UGGUUUAAGUAAAUUUAGUUGUGGAUGUAUGAUUAUUUGACGAUCGAAGGCGUUUACAAAGCGUACCUAAGACGAACGAUUUCUUCGAGCGAGUGAAAGAAAGAUGAUUAAGGAAGAUCCUCAAAACCCAGUUGAAGGAGCUAAACAUGAAGUACCUUUUUCAAGCUUGGAAGAAAUGGGAGAUUUGAUAGGUUGAACUUUCUCACCCACUCUUGGCUUCCACAAAAUGGGAAAAACCUAAAAGCAAAAGAGGAGACUUAGGGAAGUGAAGGGAAAAUAUAGCAUUUACUCGCGAUCUAAUGAUACAACAAAACUGUCUGUCACGGUAUGUUACGAGCCUCGAACUCUCCUUUACCCGUUACGAUCUAAUGAUACAAAACUGUGGCAACCCUUUAUGUCUCCUUGUCUGCCAUUUUUAUGAGCCCUCUCUAAACUGAAUUAUAAUACAAUUUUCCUUCCAAAUGGGAAAACAAGAAAAAAAAAUGAAGGCAAUUAAUUGGGGGUAUGGUCCCCUCCUCCUUUGUUUAUAUUCUUAUCUUCCAAAAUAAAGAUCCAAGUUGUAAGCAGUUUACUUUGACCGCCCACCGGCUUCCUCUCCCCUUCCACGGCCGCCGCCGUGUCUUCUUUUCUCCUUCACCCAUUCUCCACGUUCAUCAACACCCCUUCACGUCUUCCCUAAUCUUCAUACUUUUCCACACUUCAUUCUCUAUAAAUUUCCACCCCUUUCUCCAUUUAACAAUCAACAACAAACACACUGCUUGUUAUUAUAUUAACUAGCUCACUUCAGCCAUGCCCGCCGCCGCCGCCGCCCCACUUCCUUUCCUUUUCUGUUUACUUCCGCUGCUUUUUCUUCAACAUGCCACCGCUCAGACCACUCAUGAUGUCGGCGACUCCACCGGUUGGACUGUUCCACCCAGCGGCGCUGCUUUCUACUCCGACUGGGCUGCUAAAAACACCUUCUCUGUCGGCGAUUCACUUCGAUUUGCCUUUACAACAGGAUCGCACAGCGUACUCAAAGUAUCAUCAAAAGAAUCGUUUGACGGUUGUAAGUUCGAGAACGGCAAUGGAGAUAUCAUGACGACAGGUCCGGCGACGGUGCCGCUCAACAGCACGGGCAUGCACUACUUUGUUUGCACUAUUGGUCCGCACUGUUCGCUUGGCCAAAAGGUAGCCAUCAAUGUCGGCUCCACCGCUGCCGGUGGUCCGAUGUCACCCCCCCUGCCUGCCGCACAAUCACCGCCGCCGUCGCCUUCCUCCGCCAAUGCUCUGGCGGCAACCCUUUAUCUCACUUUCUCCGCCGUUCUGAUGGCCCUCUUUUAGAUUGCAUUUUUCAUAAUUACGUCAGAUUGUUUAGUCCACAGAUAGUGAGGGAUUCCAUUUCUUUUGUCUUCCAAUAAAUUUGCUCAUUUUUGCCCC